UCUUGUUGGCAUGUUUAGAAAUGGCCGCUUCGGUAACUGCUGAAAAGGCGAACCAGAUUAUUGAUGACCAAACUCUAGCGGAAGAUGAUCUUAUUGCUGAGUUAGAAAAAGAAGAAAUACCUUCCUACAUUCGAGAGGCAAGGCUACAGUCCCUUAAACAACAAACUCAUGAGUUUCAAGAACUCCGAAAACUCUCUUUUGGAGAAUAUACGCUUAUCCCAGAUGAAAAAAGUUUUCUUGAUCUGACAACAUCCACAUCUGUAGAGAAUUGCAUUGUGCAUUUUUUUCACCCUGAUUUUCGGCGAUGUGCAAUCGUAGAUUCACAUUUCGAGAUACUUUGCAAAAAAUAUUUCAAAACAAAAUUUGCUAAGCUGAAUGUUGAAAAAUCAAAUUUUUUGAUCACAAAACUGAAGAUACAAAUGCUUCCAGCAAUUUUAUGUUUCAAGAAAAGCCUUGUUGUUGACAGGAUCAUUGGGUUUGAAGAACUUGGUAACACUGAUGAUUUCCCACUUGUGAUAUUGGAACGGAGACUUGCCAGAUCAGGUGUUAUUCAGCUCCCUGAAGGUGAAGAUCCAUCAAAGAAAUCAAUUUUUGGUGCAAAAAAAACAAUCAGAGAGAGAGACAAUGAUAGCAGUGAAGAAGAUGAUUAACUCUAAUCAAAGAUCUGUUAAAAGUGAACAUAGCAUUUAAAAAUCUUAUUCUGAAAUUAAUCUGAAAGGAUUUUAGAAGUAUGAUUAUAUGACAUUGAUGAAAUAAUUAAUAUUUACUUACAUUUAAAUCAUUUUUAAAUUAUUUAAUUACAGUAAUUUUGUUCUGAAAUAAAUACACCUUUGUUUUAUAUCUUGCUCUUUUUCCAUUAUUUUUUAAAUCAUUUCAGAUUUCUAUUAGUUUAUAAGUUAUAAAGCCUGGUAAUAAUUUCCAACUGUAAUGAUUUUAUCAUUAAUGAAAGUUGGCAAGUUUAAAACAGAUUUUUAUAAAUGUACUUCCUUACAAUCUGGUUCAUUAUUCUCAAUAUGUCCUUUGAAAAUAUUCAAGUACAUCCUGCUUCAACAUAGGAGAGAAAACAAACAACUUAUGAAUUGAUUUGAAAUAUUAAUAUAGAAAAUAAAGUGAAGGGAAAUAUU